UGCUGCCCCUUCCAGAAACUGAAAUGUCUGGGGAAAAUGAAAGAUAAUUCGCAGUUCUUCUGCAUUUCAAUGUUAGUUCUCUUUGAUUCAUAAUUUCAUGUCUUCUCUCCCUCUUCAUUCAGGCAACUUUGCUGGCUAUAACUGCGGUGACUGCAAAUUUGGUUGGACUGGCCCUGACUGCAGUGUGAGGAAGCCACCAGUUGUCAGGAAAAACAUCCAUUCCUUGACAGCAGAGGAGAGAGAGCAGUUCCUCGAUGCUCUAGACCGUGCAAAGGCUACCAUCCACCCAGACUAUGUGAUUGCAACUCAGCACUGGACGAGUUUGCUUGGCCCCACCGGAACGGAACCACAAAUUGCCAACUGUAGCAUUUAUAAUUACUUUGUUUGGCUUCACUACUACUCUGUCAGAGACACACUCCUAGGGCCUGGCCGCCCCUUCACAGCUAUUGAUUUCUCCCAUCAAGGACCUGCCUUUGUAACUUGGCACAGGUACCAUUUGCUGUUGCUGGAAAGAGACCUGCAGAGACUGAUAGGCAAUGAGUCCUUUGCGCUUCCUUACUGGGACUUUGCUACAGGUAGAAACACAUGUGAUGUGUGCACAGACCAGCUCUUUGGAGCACCGCGGCCAGAUGACCCGGGGCUGAUCAGCCUGAACUCCAGAUUCUCCCAGUGGCAAAUAGUUUGCAACAGCUUGGAUGAUUACAACCGCCUGGUGACACUGUGCAAUGGGAGUGAUGAAGGACUGCUCCAACGAAGGCCACCGAGGGGCUCGGGUGAACAGCUGCCCACUGUGGAGGACGUCAGGAGAUGCCUUUCCCUGCAUGAGUUCGACAGCCCUCCGUUUUUCCGCAAUUCUAGUUUCAGCUUCAGGAAUGCGCUGGAAGGCUUCAAUACACCAGAGGGAGCCCUGAACUCGCCAAUGCUGAACCUCCAUAAUUUGGCUCACUCUUUUCUGAAUGGAACCAGUGUUCUCCCUCACGCAGCUGCCAAUGAUCCCAUCUUUGUGGUUCUUCACUCCUUUACUGAUGCCAUAUUUGAUGAGUGGAUUAAGCGGUUUCAUCCCCCUGACAAUGCCUGGCCUGAGAAGCUGGCUCCUAUCGGUCACAACAGACUGUACAACAUGGUCCCUUUUUUCCCUCCUGUAACCAAUGAUCAACUCUUCCAAACUGCGGAGCAGCUUGGCUACACCUAUGCCAUUGACCUACCAGGUUCUCUUGAAGAAAGCCAAGCGUGGGCUGCCAUGGUUGGAUCUACAAUUGGAGGAACGCUGAUAGCUUUGGCUGUGCUUGUUCUGCUGCUUGUACUUUUCCAGCACCAAAGGCAGAGAAAAGGUUUUGAACCACUGAUGAAUGUGAAAUUUAACUCCAAAAAGUACAUGGAAGAGGCCUAGCGCCUUGGCUUUGUUCCCUUGCUCAUUCUGCUGAGAAGUUACCUUGAUUGAUUUAUUCAAAUCUGAGCAGAGUUUAGCCAACCUUAUCACACACACCUUUGGCAGCUGACUACAUUGUUCUCUUCCAGUUUUUCCAGUUAUCUUGUGAAUUGUGAUAUAUGAAGUCUCUGGGUACAUAUGUGCAAGGCCCAAGAGAGACCAGAGUUUUCUCAUUACCAAACAUUAUCUAUAGUGUGUGACACUUAAAAGUCAUCAAAUCUCUAUAGAGUUAAAUCAAGACAGUUAAGAAUCAAAAUAGAAGAAGAGCAUCUUGAAUUAGUGAGAUAUUUUUUUCAGCUCAAUUUGGUUUUGAUUUCAUUUAGCAGCCCUGUGAUGUGCUGAAAGUUUUAAACUCUCUAUAUACAUUUGAAUAGUGUAUUAUCUUAUGGUUAUCAAUAAAUGUUCUAAAGAAUGUAGUUCAUUUGCAGGGGUUUAAAAAUGUUGUGUGCAAUGUGGCAAAAUACUGUGGGAACCCCAUGGUUUUGUUCCAGAAGCACAAUCAUAUCAUUUCAUAGAAUCAGAAUCAUAGAAUGGUCUGGGUUGAAAAGGACAACAACAAUCAUCUAGUUUCA